UCGGUAGUAACUUUACUUAUUAACUUGAAUUAUUUCUUUCUUUUACUUCAUGUUAGGAAGAGUAUCUUUUUGCUUGAAAUAAAAAAUUGAUAUAGGAGUAAUAAUAUGGAUAGAGAUCAAAAACUGUUAGGGCAGAAAUUACACGUUUGAACUUUAUAGUUCAGUAUAGUUCAAAUAGAAAUUAUAUAGAAUUAUUUAAUAAUUUGUAUUCCACUGGAAUAAAAAUUUAAUUUCUGUCUUUAUCAAAUCUCUAUUUCAGAGUAUUUGUACGUAUGUACUUAUCGUCUGCUGUAUGAUCGAAUAUCGAAUAGGCGCUUGGCCAUGGAUCGCUGCAUUAGGUUUUCGUAAUCCCCGAAACCCAGACAAACCACUAUGGAAGUGCGGAGGUUCCCUGAUAUCGGCUAGGCAUGUUUUGACCGCAGCACAUUGUGCACAUAUGGAUGGAAUAGAAAACAUACACAAUCAUAAUAUUGCCAUUCUUAGAUUGGUGGAGGAGGUGCCAUUUUCGAGGUACGUAUAUCCCAUUUGUACGAAAGAGCCCCUACGAAAGAGCAACUUCGUCGGCUAUAACCCCCUUGUUGCUGGAUGGGGAGCAUUAAGAUAUAGACGACCACGACGUAAUGCAUUAAUGGAAGUACAAAUGCCAGUGAUUAAGAACGCCGAAUGCAAAAUAGCUUAUUCCAAAUUUCCUAAUGCACCUGAUAUCACUGAUGGUAUAAUAUGCGCCGAACAUGCUCAGGGUGGAGAGGAUUCUUGUACGGCUGACCGCGGCGGACCACUGCUGAUACAACAUGAAUUAACCUCGUAUUUAAUAGGUAUUGUGUCUUAUGCUUAUAAGUGCGGCACAGCUGGGUAUCCCAGCGUUUACACUAGGGUCACAUCGUACCUUGACUUCAUUCUCCAAGCGAUGCAAUAAUAUGAUAUUACUGUUCCAUAAAUAUCAUUGUGUAAAAAACGUAAAGUUGGAUUUUCUUAUUGUGGAGAUAAGAAACAGCUCAAAUUUACAUUGUUUUGUACGUUACAAAUUAUAGGCUUAAAAUGUACGAAAUGUAACUUUGAAACGACACUAAUUUUUUACGCACGAUAAACCUCCACGACUUAGGUAUGUAAAGAUGAUAAACGUAUAUUAAUUCUAUAAAUUUAGUAAUAAUAAACCAACUUUCUGAGAAGUUCUGUAAAUUUCGUUUCUGUUGUAUCAAGAGAAUAAUGGAAUAUUCCACUUAGAUCGUAUACUUCUUGU